AGACGCUCUUUCCUGUCCAGCUGUCCUUAUCCACUUAACUUCCUCAAACAACCUAUCAAACCAUGCUUACCCGGCAUCUGUUUCCCUCCUUCCUCUUCCUCCUCCUCCUCCUCCUUCUCGUAUUCCCUCUGGUUCACAGCCGCUUCGUCUCCACCUCGGAUCUCGUCUCCGAUGGAGUCCAUCACCGGACUGGCUCGCCUUUCCUUCUCCUUAAUCCAUUUGCUGCGGAGGAGUCGUCCUGUGAUCAGACCUACGGAUUCAUGCCGUGCACCACCACCGCACUCGGUAAUCUCUUCUUAAUACUCGUUUAUGGAUACCUCAUGUACUUGGCCGCCACCUACUUAUCCAAUGGGAGUGAGCUGCUGCUGCAGAUUCUCGGUCCUGGUAUCAUCGGAGGCCUUUUCCUUCCCAUACUCGGAGCUCUCCCCGACGCCUUGCUCAUUCUCGUAGAGUGUUGUUUACCCGGUCUUCACUUCACUCAAUCUUUGAUGAGGGACCGUUCAAUUCACUUAACCGUUGAUGAAGGGCAGCUCUCUAAUGGUGGGAACCUACCCCUUCAUCAAUAGUCAACUGUUUUAACAUCAUUCUGGUUUGUAAAUUUCUUCUUUCUAUUGUAGUAGGUUCAAUUGUGCUGGCUCGUGACUUGACUUUUCCUUAAAUUAUAAUGUUCUGAUUUCAACUCAUUAGUGAUUGCCUUUUCAAUUUCAACAAUGCACUCUUUACAUAUGGGUCCGCCUGGACGGGAUUUGUUGUCUUCUUUCAAUGCACGGAAUAAUCCGUAUUAAAAAGGACAUUAGAAUAGUUCGGUAUCUCUUACAAUGCACUUAAAGCUUUCCAAUUUUACAUUAAUAUAUUGUUCAGUCUCUGUAUUCUCGCCUUAAUUAGCUGCGGAAUUGUCUUUCUUUAUGAUGGUCUUCAUUUAUUUGUUUUCUUUUUCUCUCCAGUGUCUGGACUUUCUGGAACCACAGAGGAGGCUCAAAGUCAGGUCUCUGUUGGAAUGGGGUUGCUUGCAGGGUCAACUGUGAUGCUUCUCACGGCAAUAUGGGGCUCCUGUGUAGUUGUUGGCCGGUGUGAUCUUCGUGAUUCAGUUGGAGUUGAUGGAAAAAAUACGAAAGUUGCAGUCGAUGGGACGAAUACAGAAGGUUUUAGCUUGACUGGUACUGGUGUCAGUACUGACAUUUGGACAUGCUAUGCUGCGUGGAUAAUGGCUAUAUCUGUUAUACCAUUUAUUGUUGUUCAAUUACCGCAAAUAUUCAGUUCAACUUCGGGAAGACAUUUAGCUAUCUUGAUUGCACUUAUUUUAUCCAUCUUAAUGCUGGUUGCUUAUUGUCUUUAUCAGGUAAUUUUAGAUUUUAAGCAAUAAUUUACCAUCGUGCAUUACCAUGAACAUUAUUUUUUUCUAAUUAAUUGAACAAUUCAUUAGAUUGCCUCUUAGUAAUUUAUUUAUAUAUUAGCCUUAUCAAAUAUAUGUGGAUAAUGAUUGAUACACCUCUAGUUCAACACAUCCCAUAACACCUAUACCAGUCUAACCAUUAAAAUCUGUGGCUUUUA